AGACGGCUCCUUCAGUCCUGUCAGUGGAGCGCGAGGCGCGGCGCACGCACACACUGCUUCACACACUCCGCCUUGCACGCGUGAAAGGUGCGACAGAGAGGGGGGACUCACCGGAGGACUUUGAUUUUGGUGUGGGACUAAUCGGAGCAUGAAUUUGCCAUCAAGACAUCGAUCCACAUCUGCCGACAAACCAAGUGAACCUUCCAGGGGAUAAGCAAACGGAGACCGGUUUUAAUGCAACAUCCUUCCUGCACGGAGGGCGAUGCACCCGCCUCUUGUUCCAUAAACUGUCACAGUUUUAUAUGACUGCAAAAAAAAAAAAAAACCCCACAGCGCUGGAUAUAUUUUCUGCAAAGCCAUUUCUUCUUUUGCGCUCGGGGUUUUGAGGGGUGAAAUUUCGACUGCGGCGCACAACGAAGAGCGACAAUAGUGCGCGUUUGAGUGCAAUUUCUCAGAGACUCGGACUUGCCUCAGAGCGGAGUUUGACUCCUCAUCAUGGGGCACGGUGCACAAACUGAUAGAGAAAGAAUAAGAGUGCCGAGAUCCUCUCCUGAGAUGCUGACCGUCUCCUGGCUUUUGCUUUUUCUCCUGGUGGAUAUCGCAGUGGCUCAAGUUGACGAUGACUUCAUUGGUCUCGGUGAUUUGCCGGAAACCUUCCCUUCAGAUCCCCCUGAGCCGCUGCCUGUGUUUUUGAUGGAACCAGAGGAGGCCUACAUCGUCAAGAACAAGCCGGUCAACCUGUACUGCAAGGCCACUCCGGCCACUCAGAUUUACUUCAAGUGCAACAGCGAGUGGGUUCACCAGAAGGAGCACACUGUGGAGGAGCGGGUUGACGAGAACUCUGGCCUGGUUGUGAGAGAGGCCAGCAUAGAGAUCACUCGGCAGCAGGUGGAGGAGUUGUUUGGGCCAGAGGACUUCUGGUGUCAGUGUGUGGCCUGGAGCUCCGCAGGGACCACCAAGAGCCGCAAAGCCCAUGUCCGAAUCGCCUACUUGAGGAAGACAUUUGACCAGGAACCUCUUGGGAAGGAAGUGUCACUGGAACAGGAAGUGUUGCUCCAAUGUCGCCCACCAGAAGGCAUCCCAGCUGCUGAGGUGGAAUGGUUAAAGAACGAGGAGGUUAUUGAUCCUGCAGAUGACAGAAACUUCUACAUCACCAUCGACCACAACCUGAUCAUCAAACAGGCCCGUCUGUCUGACACGGCCAACUACACCUGUGUGGCUAAGAAUAUCGUGGCCAAGAGACGCAGCACCACUGCCACAGUUAUCGUCUAUGUGAACGGUGGAUGGUCGACAUGGACAGAGUGGUCAGUGUGUAACAGCCGCUGUGGUCGUGGUUACCAGAAACGCACGCGCAGCUGUACCAACCCCGCCCCUCUCAACGGCGGCGCCAUUUGUGAAGGGCAAGGUAUCCAGAAGCUGGCGUGUAAUCCUCUCUGCCCAGUGGAUGGCCUGUGGACAGAGUGGAGUAAGUGGUCCACCUGUGGGACAGAGUGCACCCACUGGAGGAGGAGAGAAUGCAACGCUCCGGCACCCAAAAACGGGGGAAAGGACUGUGAGGGCAUGGUGCUCCAGUCCAAGAACUGCACCGAUGGGCUGUGCAUGCAGAGUUCCUUUUAUCAGAAGUCCUCUGAGGCAAAAGACAAGAAUGAUUUUGGAAAUUCAUUGGCCCCCAGUACAGAUGAUGUAGCUCUGUAUGUGGGUAUUGUCAUAGCAGUUUGCCUGGUUAUCUCUGUCGUUGUGGCGCUCCUCAUCUACAGGAAGAACCACCGCAACUUCGACUCUGACAUCAUUGAUUCCUCCGCCCUCAACGGAGGCUUCCAGCCAGUCAGCAUCAAGACUGCCCGCAAAGCUGAUCUCCUAACAGCGCCCCCUGACCUGACUUCAGCGGCUGCCAUGUACCGCGGCCCCGUCUACGCCCUCCACGAUGUGGCUGACAAAAUCCCCAUGACCAAUUCUCCUCUGCUGGACCCUCUUCCCAACCUAAAGAUUAAGGUGUACAACUCCUCAGGUUUAGUGACUCCACAGGAUGACCUAGGAGGGGAAUUUUCCUCUAAACUGUCACCUAAGCUACCCCACUGCCUCUUGGACAACAGUGACAGCACGAUAGGCCGUCGCACACAGACCCAAACGUUGCUCCGCACCAGGGAUCCAUCCUGCACUGCACUGGGCUCCUUCAGCUCCCAGGGGGGACAUCUCAUUGUGCCCAACUCAGGGGUGAGUCUGCUUAUUCCAGCAGGGGCCAUUCCUCAGGGCAGAGUGUAUGAGAUGUAUGUGACGGUUCAAAGGAAGGACAACAUGAGGCCCUCUGUUGAAGAUGGUCAAACAGUGCUGGGCCCUGUGGUGAGCUGUGGACCCCCCGGGGCCUUGUUGACUCGACCCGUCAUCAUCACCAUGCACCACUGUGCCGUGUGCGACGGCCAACAGGAUUGGCUAAUCCAGCUCAAGAGCCAUUCACAGCAGAACCAGUGGGAGGAUGUGGUGGUGGUAGGAGAAGAAAAUUUCACCACGCCGUGUUAUAUCCAAAUGGAUGACGAGGCCUGCCACAUCCUGACAGAGACACUGGGCACCUACUGCCUUGUGGGACAAUCUCUCAGCGCUGCAACCACCAAGCGCCUCAAACUAGCCAUUUUUGGCCCCGUCACCUGCCCUGCCAUGGAGUAUCACAUCAGAGUCUACUGCCUGGAUGACACACAGGACGCACUCAAGGAAGUUCUACAGAUGGAGAAGCAAAUGGGUGGGAAGUUGUUGGACGAACCAAAGACUCUCAACUUUAAAGACAGCACCCACAACCUGAGACUUUCCAUCCAUGAUGUCCCCCACACAUUGUGGAAGAGCAAACUUCUAGCCAAGUACCAGGAGCUUUCCUUUCAGCAAGUGUGGUGCGGUUCACAGAGGAACCUCCACUGUUGCUUUACCCUGGAGCGGUUCUCUGCCAGCACUGUGGACCUGGCCUGUAAGAUAUGUGUGCGCCAAGUGGAGGGAGAAGGACAGAUUUUUCAGCUGGACACUACACUGUCAGAGGAUUCCCAGAGUAUUGACACGUCUCUGCUGGAUCCCGCCAGUAACAUCACCACACUGGUGGGGCCCAAUGCCUUCCGUAUCCCUGUCUCCAUCCGACAGAAGUUGUGUGGCAGUCUGGACGCGCCGCAGACCAGGGGAAAUGACUGGAGGAUGUUGGCACACAAACUUAACCUUGACAGGUAUCUUAACUAUUUUGCCACCAAAUCAAGUCCUACGGGAGUGAUCCUGGACUUGUGGGAGGCCCAGCAUUUUCCUGAUGGCAACCUCAGUCGCCUGGCCCAGGUGCUGGAGGAGAUGGGACGCCAUGACAGCCUUGUUCCUGCAAUGACUGAACACUGACAUCUGCAAACCAGGGAGUGCAACAUUCCAGGGAGGAAGAAGACAUAAAAAAAAGAAAAUAAGAGAGUGGGACGCCCAAAAGAAGGAGAGUCAUUUGGUGGAACAAUGACAAAUGCAAAUACACACCCACAGAUAACUGCGUGUGUGAACACUCAGAAGUAAAGACGAUAAAAAACAGCUUGGUCUACUCAGCCAUGACCCAGUUAAACAUUGGCAACAAAGGGUGUAAAAACUUGGAGGGUAAACAAGAAUCUCUGCCAGUCAUUUCUCCCUGUUCCUCUCUCUCUCUCUCUCGCUCUCGCUCUCUCUCUCUGGUACAACGACUUGAUAUUUUUGGCUCUAGUUUCCUUGGAAACAGCUGUCCGAUUAUUUGGAUGGACUGCGCGGAUAUGUGGAUGCCCUUGCCAUAGACAGCAGUGUGAGUUGUGAGCCACUAUCAGAGGUCAAAGGAUCAAAAGAGCAAGCCUUGGAUCAGAGGAAGCAUCUCUCACUCUCCAAAAUCAGUCUCCAUAGCAACGCCAUGGACGAGUAUGUGUUCUGUGAUAACAUAGUAUUUAAUAAUAUGCCUAUUUAUACAUAUCUUUUUUUGUAUUUUAUGCUGCCUGUAAUGGAAUACUUUGCAGUGUCCUCACAUUUCUUGUUUCUUCUUUCAUUAUGUUUGACUGUAUCAUAGCACCUCCUGGUGGUCACUUGCAGUAAUGACUUAUCCUGUCAGCCACAUUUACAUGUACAGAAGGGAAUCAAUGAUGUAAUCAUUUUAAAGUUUUAGUGUUGUUGUCAUAACUACUAUUAAUACUUUUUAUUCAUGUUAUGUAUAAUUAUUAGUUUUCAAUUAUGUGCCCUUGUUUUACAGGUUUUUUAAGUCUUAAAAAUAUUUUGAUAAGUUGCAUUGGUUAUGAUUUUUCUUUACUUUCUUUUUUUGCAUGUCUUUUACCAGGUCAAUUGGCUAAUUUCACCAGUCUAUUACCCAUAAAUAGGGGGUUAUCAAGACCAUUUUCUCAAACUGAAUAAAGUUCAUGACUGAUGCUGAUGAUUUGUAUGUUGUUCAAGAUGAUAUCAUCUACAUUAAAGAGACCAGGCAGAGAGGAGAGGUAGAUACUGUAGAAAAGGGAAUGAAAUAAGUAUAUUUUUAUAGGACCAAUGCAACUGAAUAAAACUGCUUUUUACCAAAUAAUUGACAUACAGUGUAUGAGGUUAAAUUCAAUACAGAAGGUGAUCAUCUAAAUAUCAAAUGUCAUUUCUCGGGUUCAAAAGGUGAAUGGCAUUCAUCUGUGAUUUUGGAGGAGAACUGAGAUUUUAACUCAGACUUCUGUGUUUGUACAUCAACGACAGAAGCCAUCAAUGUUACGAUGACACUGACUGUGCAUAAAAAUUAGUGAUAGUUGUAAAUGCAACAUUCCUUUGAUGCAGCAGCACUUGUGCACAUGUUCAAGUGUUCUUGGUUGGUUCUCGUUUUAUUUUUAUUUUUAUGGCAGUUGUCCCAGUUUUUCGUAAAGCCGUCUAUGCAAACUUUGCAUCUUUCUGAAACAAUCUUUACAUUCUCAGUGGGCUAGCCUUUGCAUUCCCUAGUUGUUCUUCAGCUUCAUGAUUAUUAUUGUGUAUAGUGAGAAUGUAGCCUGUCUGUUUCUGGCACUCAUGAUGUUCCUAGCAACUGCUUGCAUUUCAUCUGUCAAGUUAUUGUACAAAGUGUAAGAAAGAAUUUUUAAGACUAAUAAUAAAUUAUAUUUAUAUGCAACAUUGAA